UUCAGGCAGCCGUUCCAAAAAUGAUCAAAUUUCCUCUCACCCCCCUCGUCUCUCUUCUACCUCUUCUACUUGUACUACUUGUAUUCUUUUUCCACCCCACAAUUUUUUAUUAUUCUUCUCAGACCCCUAAAGAACUUCACGUUUACAGCCACGUCCAGCUGGCGCGCUCCCCCUGUCAAGGCACAUUGUAUCCAGACCUCUGCUUCUCCACCGUCGCCGCCUUCCCGGAACUCCGCCGGAAAACUCUACCGGAAAUUAUCGCCGGUACGGUGAACGUUACUAUGAAGGAGGUCGGAUCCGCCGCCUCCAACUGCAGCAGCAUCCGCCGCAAGCUCAUGAGGAAGCUCGAGCCGCUGGAGCUGCGAGCGCUGGACGACUGUCUCGAGCUGUUCACCGACACCGUCGACGAGCUGAAGAAAAUCCUCACCGACUUAUCGGCGAGCUCCUCGCCGGAAAAGUACUACGACGACUUGCUGACGCUCCUCAGCGGCGCGAUGACGAAUCAGUACACCUGCCUCGACGGAUUCGCGUACAGUAAGAACAACACUCGGCGGUUUAUCGAAGGCAGGCUGAGGAGGAUUUCGCGCCACGUCAGCAAUUCGCUCGCCAUGGUUAAGAAGCUGAAGAGGAAAAGCAGGAAGAGAACGGCGGCGGCGGCGUUUGGUAAAACUAGCGGCGGUUUUCCGGCGUGGCUGACGAGGAAAGAGCGGCGGCUGCUGCAAUCGCCGACGAACCAGACGAGGUUCGAUCUGGUGGUGGCGAAGGACGGCAGCGGGAAUUUCAGAACCAUUAAUGAGGCGCUGAGCGCAGCUCCUAACAAUAGCAACCGGAGAUUCGUGAUUUACAUAAAAUCGGGGGCGUAUUAUGAGUACCUGGAGGUGGAGAGGAAGAAGACGAUGCUAAUGCUCGUCGGCGACGGGAUCGGGAAGACGCUGAUCAAAGGGAACAGGAGCGUCGUCGACGGCUGGACCACUUUCCGAUCUGCUACAGUCGCUGUGGUAGCAAACAAUUUCAUAGCGAAAGGCAUAACCUUCGAGAACUUCGCCGGCCCCAGCAAGCACCAAGCGGUGGCGCUCCGGUCCGGCGGCGAUUUCUCGGCGUUCUACCAAUGCAGCUUCGUGGCCUACCAGGACACGCUCUACACCCACUCCCUCCGCCAAUUCUACCGCGACUGCGACGUCUACGGCACGAUCGACUUCAUCUUUGGCAACGCCGCCGUCGUCCUACAGGGCUGCAAUCUCUAUGCCCGCCGGCCUAACCCCAACCAGCGCAACAUAUUCACGGCACAGGGCCGGGAAGAUCCUAACCAGAACACCGGAAUCUCCAUCCUCAACUGCAAAGUGGCUGCAGCUGCCGACCUCCUCCCCGUCCUGUCACAAUUCAGGACGUACCUCGGCAGGCCAUGGAAGCAGUAUUCCAGGACAGUGUUCAUGCUGUCCCACAUGGAAAGCGUGGUGGAUCCCAAGGGGUGGCUCGAGUGGGACGGCGACUUCGCUCUGUCCACACUCUACUACGGCGAGUACGCAAACCGCGGGCCGGGAUCGAACACCACUGCCCGGGUGCAAUGGCCGGGAUACAAAAGGGCGUUGAACACGACAGAGGCCAACCAAUUCUCCGUUGGGAGUUUUAUUCAGGGCAGCCAGUGGCUGCCCGCAACAGGGCUUCCGUUCUAUGUAAAUUUGACGGCCAGUUAAAUAUAAGUAGCUUCCGCGCGCAUUAUAUUAACUUAUAAAGCUGAUCAACAAUUUCAAGCUCGAUAUGUAUCUUUUACACAUUCCUUUUUAUUCAUCGUGUACAAGGAUAGGUUCAUACCUUUCAAGAUCCCUUCUAAACCGCGCCAUCGGCACUGAAAGGAACAGAUUUCACCUGGACAUGAUUAACUACAAUGAGUACAGCUUACAAACAUGGUGUGUAGUAGCAGGGAGAUGAUAAAAGAACUGACCAGAUUCCGGAAUUUGAGAAUAUAAAACAUCUCUAGAUACCGGCGAGUCUCGCGCCUUUCCAGCUUGGAGACAUGCUUCCAGAAGCCAUAGACGCCGGCUAACGUCAUCAGCCUCUUAGAGUAAAUCUUCCAUGUAUACCUUUGAGGUUAAGUCACCAGGAUUGUAAGCAACACCAAAACUACAUAUUCCUGUGUACUAAAUUUCUAUAUAAGGGUUAACUUAUACCUUUCAUAAAUCCUGCUGAGACCACCUUCAGAUAUGCUAGCCCAGUGGCUUGGAUCUUCAUUGCAUUUCUGGAAGAAAUCAGCCAUGAGGGUAGCCGCUUUGUCGGGAUGAUAUGGGUCGAUAUGAAAUCCGGAUACACCAUCUUCAAUGAUCUCCAAUGGGCCUCCGUGGCACGUGGCGAAUGUGGGGAGGCCGCAGGUCAUGGCCUCCACCACCGUCAGCCCAAAGGCUUCGUAGAAUGCAG